AUGGAUCAGAUGGAUCAUUCUGAGGUUUUGAAGGAAAUGGCUGCCAGUUUGUCGGAUUGUGAUGUGCAAGCGAAUGGUUGCAAAACCCUUGCGGAGGCAGAGCUAGAUGACUUCAGCAAUGCCUUACCAGCAGUGGUGGCCGCCUUGAAAGCGCAUCCAGCGAGUGUGGACGUGCAGCGGGAGGGCUGCAAAGCUUUAUGCGCGAUUGCAUCAGCUGGCCACAAACAAACACAGUCGCUGCUGGACGCGGGCAUCUUGCCGACACUCCUCACUGCGAUGAGUGUCGAGGACGAGGACGGGUCCGUUCAAGUUCAAGCCUGCAGGGUCUUCGCACAAUUGGCCGCCAUCUCCGAAGAGGCUAAACUUCAGCUAAUCCGCAACCAGGUCCUGCCGGCAAUUGUUGCGGCCGCCACAGCCUUUCGCAACACUCCUGAACAUGAUGUGCACGAUCAAGCUCUGGCUUGCCUAGAUGAGUUCGUUGUGCGCAGGGAGAGACCAAGCAUCACCAUCAAAGCAGCGAUGGCAGCCUUGCGUGCAUGGCCUGAGCAUGCUGGUGUGCAAAAGCACUUUUGUCAACAAUUGUGGUGUGCAACCGUCCGCGACACUUCCGACAUUGCCUCGAAGCAGCAGGUUGUGGACGAAGACGGUUUACCGCUGAUCGUGAACAUAACGACGGUGCAUGCUUCUGACGCUGGAGUUCUCCUGCACAGCAUGACAGCUUUGUGGAGUGUUUCUGCGGCCACGGAGCAGUUGAAGAGGGCGCUGUUGAAUUGCGGCUGCUUGGGUGCCGCCCUUCACGCAAUGAGCUGUCAUCUUCGAAAUCGCCAACUGCAGCAGGCAGGAUGUGCGAUGUUGUCCAACAUGGCUGGCACGCCUCAGGACUUUCAGCUGAGACUUCUGGAGGAGAACGCUAUGUCGGCAAUCCUAGAAGCCACGCGAACGCACCCUGGCCAUGGCGGCAUUUGGGAAUGGAGCUGUCGAGCCCUUGGGGCUUUGUCCAGCAUCUCGAUGGAACCUCGCGCUCGUUUGCUCGCCAGUGUAGAAGCAAUUGAGUUCAUGAGCAAAGCAUUGUCGCUGGACAGCCUGCCCAGAGGCGCCCGCAUAGGUGCCGUGAGCUUUCUGCGUUCAAUGGCUGAGCUGCAACCCAUGCGCCCCGUUCUCAUUGAGAAGGAUUCGCACAAAGCCCUAGUAUCAGCAGGCUUGUCUCACGUCGAGCUCUUCGGACUUGCUAGUGCAGCACUGAGCUACGUUGAUCCAGAUCAUUUAGACGAGAUGCAUCUCGACAUGGUGCCGGAUCCCACAGAGUACCGCAUGCUUCUGGCGGCUGCAGAUAGUCAGCGGUUCAAGACCAAAGACGUCGUGAAGGAUGUUCUCAUUCCACUCGUGGAUGUGUACAUGGACAUUGUGAACUUGGUGGAUUUCUGCAUGAAGCAAUGGUGGCACUGGGCAUCGAUUUUGGCUGCUAGCCUCGUGUUCAACAGCGCCGCUUCCGCCGCGUUGGCCAUGGGGCAGAAGCGUCCCGCCCAGGCAUUGCUCAAUUUGUGCAGUGCUGGCACAGGAGGGCAGGUUUGGCAUGCUGUGGAAAGCUGGCAGGACACUGCCAAGUCGAAGAUGCUUCUUGGGCAGAAGGUAGUGGAAGGGUUCGAGUCCAUCGUCAGCCUGCUCAUCACAAGCGAUGCGAUUGCUGUUGCUGGAAGUGACCCAGAUGUUCCUGAACUCAACUUUCACAGUGCCGCUUUGAAGUGGGGCAGCAUUCAACUGUCUGUUGCUUGCUUGUCGUUGCUGGGAGUGGACCUUGACAGGCACGCGAUUUACGAGAACGAGGACCUGGCACACCUUCGCUGGCUCGUGACAGGUAGCAACAGCUCCAUCCUCUUGGCCUUCCACGCUUCGGAGGUGUUGGCAGCACUUGUCAUCAUCCCUAUGACAUCAGCAACGAGGCCUUUUGGAAUCGUUGUUUUCGCUUGCAUGACCAUCUUCUUGGCCUUGCUUGUAUUUCUUCGAGAGUCGGCGCAGUGGGACGGGGACUGGGUAAUUGUCACUGAUGAUUUCGGCAAGAACAUGAGAGUUCAGACCAGAGGCACUCACCUGUUCGUGGAUGGCAGGGACUAUUUAAUCCAGGCGCAAGGUGGCACAGGACAGGUGACAACCGACGCAAGUACCUUCAGUGUGACGCUGCUCAGUGCUGGCGAUAUCAUGGUGUGGGGUUCGGGCAGCUACAGCUUUGGGUCUUCCGCGGGAGGUGGCUGGCCUUGGGCUGAAGGUCGAGUGCUUUGCAGAAAGGAGACCCUGCAAUUUUACAAAGCUGGAUUGCAAGGUUUUGGCUGCCUUUCUGGUUUAGCCAGACGUACUUUGACGUUCUUGUUGUUCGGACCCACUUGCUUGAUGGUAAAUGUGUUGACAUAUCUCCCUGGUCCAUGCAUGCAGAAGUUGGCCCUCUUGCGCUCUCUGCUGUUCUUCGUGGCGUGGGUUAUCGUCGGUCUGCAGACCCUUCGGGCUUCGACUGUCCGGGAGGACUUGUCUUCACACCAUGUGCUUGUGCUGAUGGGGCUAGCAGCUGCUGGUUUUGUUGCUAAUGUUGCGUUGCUGGCGCACCAGUGGCGAUGCGGACGCUUUGAUCAUGCAUCGUUGUUUCCCUCUCCAACAUUCCUUUCACGAUACAUAGAAAUGAGUCAGAACGACACCGAAGUCAGAGAAAUGCUUCAGGAGCGCGUCUAG